AUGACCAUUGAUGGCACGGGGCAAUCUAAGGAGGCCCUGCAAGAUGAACGGUUAAAUACUGGGUCAGAUAAGAUUUACCAAAAUUAUAUGAUGCCCGCUUUGGAACUCUAUGAUGCCAAAGUCUCCAUAAACCACUGGCAACUACGGGAUUGUAUCAAACCGGGCUCAAUGAACCAGAGCAAAUUGUAUUAUAUCUACGAUCAUUCGAUAAGAGUGCUAGAUACAGAUUCUUCGGUGCUGAGGUCGACAAUGAGGCGACAUAAUUCUAUUCAACCAAGAAUCAGUGCUAAAAACACUAUUAAAAACACGCCGACAGAGGGUUCCAAGACUACGGGCUCAUUUAUCUCAAAGAAUUUACAUGUUCCUUCCGAAAAGUUGGUAGAGUUUAAUUUCAAACCAAGAUGUUUCACUGAAUUGAACGGGCUGACAGUUUGUGGUGGGCUCAUCGGUUCUGAUGACAAGGGAUUUCCUUCUAAUUGGAACCGUUUAGCUCAAGAUGCAAAUAUUUCUUUGCCCCCGCCUUCCCAACCAAUUGCCAUUUCGAAGAACAUUAGCUUUCCCAUAAACUCACAUUAUUCGAAUCCCAACAUUUGGAAGGGUAUCGUGGAGUUUUAUAACCAAGAAACGGAUACUAUGAUGACGUUCACGUUAGGCCAGUUCAUUAAUAACUGUGUCACGCUAUAUGACAGGGCUAAUACGCAGUUUGAUCUUUUCGCUUGUAACAAUGAUGGUCAUCUUUACCAAUGCGACGUGAGUAACAGAGAUGUAACACUAGUGAAACGUUAUGCGGAUUUGAAGUUCCCUCUAAAUAACGCUUCCUUGUCACAUGAUGGCCAAACCAUGGUGGUAUCUGGCGAUUCGAAUAAAUUUGCUGUUUACAACCAAAAUGAAUUAACCAACCAAUUUUCUUUGCAUUAUGACAAUCAUCCCUCUUGGGGUAGUUCUUCCCAUCGCGUUAGAAGGAUACCACGUUUUGCAUUGCCUGAUGAAUCAGAAUAUAUUGAAAAUAUAUAUGAAGCACCCAAUUCAGAUCAUGGUUUUUAUAAUUGCUUUUCGGAGAACGAUUUGCAGUUUGCGACUGUAUUCCAAAAUGGUACUUGCGCAAUCUAUGAUGUUAGAAACAUGGCUACCCCCAUGGCAGAAAUAAGCUCUACUAGACCACAUUCUCAUAACGGUGCGUUUAGAGUCUGUAGGUUUAGUUAUGGCCUAGAUGAUUUACUAUUCAUUUCUGAACACCAAGGGAGAGUGCACGUUGUAGAUACAAGGAACUAUGUUAAUCAUCAAGUUAUUGUAAUUCCUGAUAAAGUUAAUAUGGAAUACAUUAAUGAACAGCAGCAUAAUACAAACCCCAGGUUCACUAUGAAUAACAGCAACAAUAAUGAUAAUAACGAUAACAAAAAUGAAUCUCCGAUUGUUCAUGGGGCGGAUCUCCGUUCUUCAUCGAGAAGAAGGUUCUCCUUGCCUUCUUUACCUAAUUCAUCCACAGAGCCAUGGGUAACAAUGGCCCAGAGAAUUCCCGAAAAAUACUUGGAACCACAAAUUUUACCGUUUCCGAAAGUUAUGGAUAAAAUCAGUAAUGAAUCAGUCCUGUUUUCUUCCCCACAUAAUCCAUCAUGUGAUGUUUCGUCAUAUCCAUACAAGAGACGGUGCUCAUUUAGGGUAAGGAGAGUAUCUACGUCUGCACCAACUGUAAAUCCUUCCAAUAGCCAUGCUAACAUAAAUAUCGGUUCAUCUACUACCGAUUCUACCGCAGUUUCAUCAUCACCCCAAAAUCUAAUUGAUCCGUUAAUUCUCUCUCACCAGCAAUCUAACAAUGAUGUUUUUGAAGAUGACGAAUACUAUGAGGCUUAUAAUGAUGUUCAUUCAACAUAUCGAGUUUCUUCAGACUACCGUGGCCUUUCAGCAAGAGCUUUUGAAAGUUUCUUGAGACCACCCUCAACCCCUGACUUACCGUCAGACGAUGAUAAUUUUACUACAAGUGGUAGGAAUAAUGGGGGAACCUCAAAUUUUUUGAGGAGGGCAGUAAUUGCCACUCAAGAAAAUAACGAAUUCUUAGAGGAAAACAAUAUAUCAGGUAUUGAUUGGGUUGAAGACAGAAAUGGCAGUUCUUUGAUUAUUGGUACUGAUUAUGGUAUUAUGAGGUGGAAUAUUAAUUCAUGGGCAAGAAGAAGUUUUUCUAGUUAUGAUUUAUGCUGA